AUGCGAGCUAUAUUGAUCUCCGAGUUUGGUCCCGUUGACAACCUCGUCAUCAAAGACAUCCCCAAACCAUCAGCAACAGUCCCCGGUACAGCCCUCAUUCGCAUCAAAGCCUUUGGCAUCAACCACGCAGAAAUGCACAUGCGUCGCGGGGAAUGGGCCGAGUCAGUCCCCAUUAGUGGUAUAGAAUGCGUCGGGAGCAUUGAAGAAUGUCCAGGAGGAGAAUUCCCUCCAGGGACACCAGUUGCAGCGCUCAUGGGCGGCCUGGGUCGGACCAUACCCGGGAGUUACGCAGAGUACACUGUCGCAAAUACAAGCAACAUGGUAGCUUUGGGCAAUCCUGGAGAACGACUGCCGCUGUCUUGGGCAGACGUGGCUGCGCUGCCUGAAAGUUAUGCCACGGCUUGGACAUGUCUGUUUCGGAACCUGGAUCUCCAGCGCGGACAGAGGAUUCUCAUUAGAGGUGCGACUUCGUCUCUUGGAAGAGCGGCCAUCAGCCUUGCUAUUGAUUCAGGUGCUAUUGUCACUGCGACAAGUCGUAGCGAGGCUAAGUUUGCUGCAUUGCGCGACCUCGGGGUUGCCGACACAGUCCUCGAAACGGCCGACUUGAGUAAAUGCCUCCUUGGGAUCCACGACUUCAAAAAGUUCGAUUCUGCAUUGGACCUAGUGGGUAAUAGCACAAUUGUCGACUCACUACAACUAGUCCGUCGCGAUGGCCACGUCUGUCUGGCAGGAUGGCUCGGAGGUCUAGAUCCCAUCAAGGGACCGGCCGGGCCUGAUCAGUCGCGGGGUUUCAAUCCGCUGCUACAAAUGGCAAGCGGAGUUCACCUGAGCUUUUUUGGGAGUUUUGUUUUUGGCACAGAAGAGUUCCCACUGUCUGACGUCCCGUUAAGGAGUAUCAUGCUCAAGGUGGCGGAGGGGAAGAUCGAUGCGAAGCCUUGGAGGGUGUUUGGCUUUGAGGACAUACAUGCUGCUCAUCGGGCUAUGGAGAAUGGAGAACCAGAUGGGAAAAUGGUUGUUACUGUUGAUUAG